AUGGCUCACGCUGAUGCUGUCGCCUAUAAUGUUGCUACGUUCAUUGCAACGCUCUUUGUCCUUGAGCUUGGUGCAGAUAAAUUUAUCGAUCAUACCGUCAUCAUCGCUGGCCGAACCAGAAUUCCGGAAACUAUAAUCGGGCUCCUUACUGCAGGAGGAGAAUGGGAAGAGCUUGCAGUCGUUAUUGCAUCCCUCGUAGGCGAUCGCGCGUCUUUGGCGAUUGGAAACGUAGUUGGCUCUGUGAUAUCCAAUAUUCUAGGCGCAUUUUCCCUAGGACUUUUAUUCCACAGAAAGGAUACACCACUCCAGUUUGACAGAAGCGCUCGCGUUUAUUCCUUGACGCUGCUCAUCCUUACGACAUUUGUUACGCCUGUCAUAUACUUUCGAGGAGAACAGAUAUGGCGGAUAGCUGGUGUGAUCCUGAUGAUAUUCUUUGGUAUUUAUCUUAUUGCUGUUGGGCGGGCGAUCGGUAAAGGGGAUCUGACUGCUCCGGAACACUGCGACUCUUCCUCCGAUUCCGAUGGCUGCAGCGACGGAUCGAGCGAUUAUGGUGAUGGAGCAAGAGACAGCGUUAAUGAAUUAUAA